CAUCAAAUGUCAUUACCAAUGCAAGUGCAACUCAUGGGUUAGAAGAGGAGAUGGAGCCUUAGCGUGCUGAACAGCUAGUUGCCUGAGUAGUUACGUUCAUGCAGAACAGUUGACAGUCGCUAAAGAUGUUCAUGCUCUGCAGCUGUGGUCUGAGGACAUGGGUACUGGAGUGUGUGUCCCUGGACUGACCUAAUUCACUCAAUUCUCCUAAGAAAUGCUAUCCUUCUCCUCUCCCCUGACUUGACACAGUCCUUCCUUGAGAGGAGUGCUUUUUAUUUCUUUUGUCCCCAUUCCCAUUCAGGGAUUUCCCCCUUAACCAAUGAAAACUGUGAAUUUAUAGCCAGCUGACAUUGGUCGGGGGAGGAGUGGCAGGGUGUCUUUUCCACUUCUGGGCUUUUUAACCUUGGUUCACAUCUAGAGGAAGGUUGAGAACAGGCCAGACCUCAGUGAUCAUCUGAGCCUGGUGAAAAGAAGCAAUAGGAGCCAAGGGGUGAUUUGUCAGGGUUAUAUCUUGGCUCUCACUAGAGGGAGGUCUCGCUUUUGGCAGCCAGAAUCUCACAGGCUCCUUUUCCUAGGAAAGAGUUACCUAACCUAGCUUUUCCUGGGUGGAAUUAAGGAACUUAAACUUGGGGGCAAAAGGAGGCAUUUUUCCUGAGUGCUACCUCAUACAUUUAGUAGGCACAAAGAAAGCAAAGAACCAGUUAGCCAGUUCAAGCAAUAGUUCCAAGUUCUCAUACCGCUGUGGUGUAUCGGUAACUGUGAUCUUGAGCAAGUGCCUCUGUGUGACAGUCUCAUCUUGUGCCUCAGUCUCAUCUUGAAAAUAGGGAUAAAAUGGUACCUAUUGCCAAGGGGGUUUUCGAGUUAAAUGUAAAAUGCCCAGAACAGUUCUGGGCAUGAUUUAAUAAUUAUUGGCUAUUACUGACAUUGAUACUGGGCAUGUCCCUUUUAUUCUGUCACAUGGAUGGGGAGGUGAAGUGCACUGUUGCUUUGGCCCUGUGGAACUUGAUAACCAAAUGUAGAAUUAAUUGCUGACUUGUUUAUAUUUAUAGCUGGAAGAGCCGGUAUUGUCCUCAUUAUAGUAUAGAAGAAUUCAAGACAGGAGAGAGAGACAGCAGCGAAUGAAGACUAUAAUAGGAAAGAAGAAGGAACAUCAAAGAUUGAGAAAAUCUGCCAAGACAAGGAGGGUAACCCAGAGGAAGCCUUCUUCAGGGCCUGUUUGCCGGCUAUGCCUUCAAGAACCUGGGGAUCCCGAAAAAUUAGGGGAAUUUCUUCAGAAACACAAUCUCAGUGUGCAUUAUUUCUGUCUUAUCCUAUCUAGCAAGCUGCCUCAGAGGGGCCAGUCCAAUAGAGGUUUCCAUGGAUUCCUGCCUGAGGACAUCAAAAAGGAGGCAGCCCGGGCCUCUAGGAAGAUCUGCUUUGUGUGCAAGAAAAAGGGAGCUGCCAUCAACUGCCAGAAGGAUCAAUGCGUCAGAAACUUCCAUCUUCCUUGUGGCCAGGAAAGGGGUUGCCUUUCACAAUUUUUUGGAGAGUACAAAUCAUUUUGUGAGAAACAUCGCCCAACACAGGACAUCCGAUGGGAGAAUGUGGGGGAGGAAAGCUGUGUCUUGUGCUGUGAAGACUUAUCCCAAGCAAGUGUUGAAAACAUCCAGAGUCCGUGCUGUAGCCAAACUAUCUACCACCGCAAGUGCAUACAGAAAUAUGCCCACACAUCAGCAAAGCAUUUCUUCAAAUGUCCACACUGCAACAAUCGAGAAGAAUUUCCUCAAGAAAUGCUAAGAAUGGGAAUUCAUAUUCCAGACAGAGAUGCUGCCUGGGAACUCGAGCCAGGGGCUUUCUCGGAGUUGUAUCAGCGCUAUCAGCAUUGUGAUGCCCCCAUCUGUGUGUAUGAACACGGCAGAGACAGCUUUGAGGAUGAAGGGAGGUGGCGCCUCAUUCUGUGUGCUACAUGUGGAUCCCACGGAACCCAUAGGGACUGCUCCUCUCUCAGAUCCAACUGUAAGAAAUGGGAGUGUGAGGAGUGUGCGCCUGCUGCUGAAGCCACAGACUGCACACCUGAAAACUCAGGUGACAUCCCCUGUUGCAGCAGCACCUUCCACAGGGGGCAUUUCUGCAGAGACACCAGCCUGGAACAGAAUCCGGGCCCUUCUUGGACUGACUGGCCAGGCUCUUCCUCAUUAGAAAAACCGGAGUCCUCUGGUUGCAGGACGAGGGCCCACUCCUGGCGAUCCAAGGGUGUCAGAAUCACUAAGAGCUGCAAAAAGUCCAAGUAACAGUUUCUGAGUAGUCGCUGCCAAGCACAUUUGAGUACAAAGCUGUGUUCCUCCAUCAGGUUUGGGGGAGGGAGCACUUUGGCACUGUGAGACAAGGAAAGGGGGCUAGCAGUGAGACUCUGAACCAAAGAAAGAGAAGUCCCAGGGGAACAUGAGUUCAGAGCAGAGUCCUGAUGCCAACCACAGGACGCGUUUGUGGCUUUAAGAGCACCUCUGCUCUUUCUGCCUGAUUCCCAGAGGGCCUUUUCUACUCUUCUUUUUCCCCCAAGAUUCUUCCACCUUGAUCUUGUUCUCAUAUACCUCUUCUGACUUCACCCACGUUUGUUAUUAUACAAAUAAAAGUUUUCUCUCCA